GGGCCUCGGCUGCUUUGCAUACGGGCGGCUGAUUGGCUGGGCUCCCUCGGCCGCCGGUGGGCGUGGUUGGCGCCGGAGCUCCGCGGCCAGGUGGGCGCCUCCUGCGGGGCUGGCCGGCAGGUGAGGGCAGGUGAGGUGAGGGGCCCACGGGGCUCGCGGGGGGCGAUGAGCGGCCUCUCCCUGGAGCAGCGGAAGAGCUGGGCCGCCGCCAUCAGCCGCUUCCUCGCCCGGUACCGCUUCCUGCUGGACGCCCCCAUGAUCGAGUUCUUCACGGACGACCUGUGGGGCCACCUGCCCCUCUCCUGGCAGCGCGCCCUGGCCGAGCUCUCAUCCCCGCACCUGGCCGCGCUCUUGCUGCAGAGCAGCCCCUCCCGCCAAGCCAGCUAUGGCUCCGUGUGGCCCCUCUCCCUGCUGGCCUUCAGAGCCGCAGCCCACGCGUUGGCACUUCCCCGGGGCCCCAGGGGCGAGGGGGGCACGCUGGCCGACGGGAAGCUGGAGGAAUUCCAGGGGAACCCGCAGCACAGCUCCAAGCUGCACCCCCUUUUCCGGAAGCACGUGAAGCCCAAGAAGCAGCACGAAAUCCGACAGCUGGCGCAGCUUGUGAAGAAACUCAGCGACCUGGCAGGGUGCCGCCAUGUGGUGGAUGUUGGCUCUGGCCAGGGCCACCUUUCUCGUUUCCUGGCAUUUGGCCUCCACUUGCCCGUCACUGCGGUGGAGGAAGAUCCACGCCUGGUGAGCCGGGCAGUCAAGUUUGACCAAGAGCUGGUCCAGUCCCUAAAGAAGGAACAAGCCAAAGGGACACUGACUGCAGGUGAUUUCUGCCUCCAGGGGCCAAGACACGUGGUGGGCUGCGUUGACCCCAGGGCCCCGUGGCAGGCGUUCUUGCAUUUGCUGCAGCAAAAGAAAGACGAGGCAGGUUCUCCUCCUGUGGCAGAUGGUCUCUUUCAAGCUGAGAGGACUCCGAAGACGAGCCCUGGUUUCCACAGGGAAGCGGAGAAGGACGGCUGCCAAAAGACCAGGACUGAGAGCCGGUUGAGGAAGUGGGACGGUGGCAGAACAGAUGGGGAAGCCUCUGCCUCUGGUCAGGAAGGGCUCGUGGGAGGGGGGCCUGGGCAGUUCUGCCCUGAGAAUCCCCCUCUCCUGGAAGCACCCGUGCUGCUGACCGGCCUCCAUGCCUGCGGCGACCUCAGCGUGGCUCUGCUGCGGCACUUUGUCCGCUGCCCCCGAGUGGUGGCCAUCACCUCAGUGGCCUGCUGCUACAUGAAGCUGAGCGUGCCGGACACAGCCGCACCCACGGACCCCGCAGAGUGUGGCUACCCACUCAGCACCUGGGUGUCUGGGCUCCCAGGCCACCAGCUCUCCUACAAGGCCCGUGAAGGGGCCUGCCACGCCAUCGAGGACUACGCACUGAGGCUCGUGGAUGAGAGCGCCACCUUGAGGACGCACUGCUUCCGGGCCAUGUUGGAGACGGUGAUUCGGGCCGCAGACCCUGCCAAGAAACGGCUCGGGGUGCAGACGAUCAACAAGUCCCACAUGCUGACCUUCGAAGAAUACAUCCGACUCGGGCUGGAGCGAGUGGGGCUGGACCCAAACAUGGCCCUGGACCGGGCGGCCCUGGAGUCCCUGCUGGGCCAGCAGCAGAAGGUGGUGGCCUUUUUCAGCCUGGCCUUGCUGCUGGCUCCCGUGGUGGAGACCCUCAUCCUGCUGGACCGGAUGAUCUAUUUGCAGGAGCAAGGCUUCCAGUGCGAGCUGAUCCCUUUGUUCGACCCCACCGUCUCCCCCCGGAAUCUUGUGCUGGUGGCAGCCAAGGCUGACUUGAGCCCUGCUCUUGGGGGCUGGCUGAGAACAAGAAGCCCCCUUCGGCCGGAACACGAUCCUGGGAGGGGGCAGGAGGGCAGAUCCCCGCUGGACACGCCGACCGGCUCCAAGCUCUGAGCACAGACUCUCCACGGCGGGUGCGCUUGAGCCAAGAAAACAGGCAAGGCAAGCCUGCUUUAAUAAACAAACACCU